GCUGGUUUAUUUCACCCCUCUAUGGAAUUGCGAGAUGGACUAGUCCUGUGGUGGAAAGACCAGUUUUGCAACAGUUGCCAGGUUGAUGCCAGUUGUCAAGGAGAAGUAGUCUCUUCACUUCACAUUUUACAUGUCAAAGGUUCUGAAUGCAGAUCAGAUGCAGCAGUAGGAGCAAAUACAACACACUCUAUUACGUCGGUGAAGGUUAGGCAUCCAGGCGACAGCCAUAAAGACGUUUUGAAGUAACCCUGGUCUGGACAUAGCCUACACAAUUCACAGGCACGGUUAGAAGCUGUGAGACGAGCCCCAGACUGGGGUCACCGUGCGAGGAGGGUCACCGGAGGGUAGGGCAAGCUACGUUUUCCGUGCUACAGACAACAAAACACAGAAUUUGUAGAUAUCAGACAUGGACGGGGAGUCGUGUGUGACUAAGAUGGCGGUCUGGACUCCCAUGACAAAAUGUCGCGAGAAUCGCAAGAAGUACAAGCGGAAGUACCGGCUCCGGAAGGAUAUGGAAACGAUCGAGUACACCGCCGGAAUGAAGUCAUGCCGAGCAUGUGCCAAACGCCCUGCAGAGGAACAGAACUUUGAGAUUUCGAACAUCGCUGAAGUGUUCCUCAGCAAGCUGACAGUCCUAAAGUCACGCGUGGAUAGAGAAUGUGUCACAGAAUCUACCAAGACAUUCAGCAUUUACUACAAGGAUCAAACUCCUGUGUUGGAUCUAGAAUGCAGUACAGAAGAUAUUGCUAAGGGAUGGGUCACUGGAAUACAGCAUCUGAUGCGCGCUCGGAGGAAAGAGACUAUCAUGGACAAGCGCAAAAGGUGGAUUUCGGAGUACUUUCACAAGGGAAAGAACACAGACGAUCGUCUGGAGUCCAAAGAAGCCAAAGCCGUCCUGGCACAGAUGAACAUCCAGAUAAAGGAAUCUCAGAUCGACACAGUCAUCAAGAAACUGGACAAAGACCAGACUGGGACAUUAAACUUGGACGAGUUCACCCAAUUUUAUAACAUCAUGACGGCCAGACGGGAGGUGGAGGAACUGUUUGAUAAAUGGACGAGUGAUGGCCCUGACCAGGCAUCACAUGUUCCCAGGUAUGCUGUGGACGGAGAAAACAUGAAGGUGCACGAGUUGAUGGAGUUUCUAGCCCAGGAACAGAAGGUUACAACUGACCUCAAGGGCUGCCACCAGCUCAUAGAGAAGUUUGAGCCCAACUCUGAACUGAAGAAGAACAACUUGCUGAGUCUAGAAGGCUUUACCCUGUACCUGGAGUCAGACGAGGGUGACAUCUUCAACCACACUCACGACGAAGUCUACCAGGACAUGACCCAGCCGCUAAGUCACUACUUCAUCGCUUCUUCACACAACACCUACCUCCUGGAGGACCAACUCCGCGGACCAAGUAGUAAAGAAGGAUACAUCAGAGUUCUGCUGAAGGGCUGCAGGUUCCUGGAGCUGGACUGCUGGGAUGGAGACGACGGAGAGCCUGUUAUUUACCAUGGCUACACCUUCACCUCUAAAGUCCUGUUCAGAGAAGUCAUAGAGGCGAUUGGACGUUACGCUUUCAAGGCCUCUAGGUACCCAGUGUUCCUGUCCCUGGAGAACCACUGCAGUGUGGCCCAGCAGCGAGUCCUGGCCGCACAUCUGGUCAACAUCCUGGGGGACUCCCUGUGUAACAUCCCCGCCACACCCAACAUGCAGGAACUGCCCUCUCCGCAUCGGCUGCGCGAGAAAAUCAUCGUCAAGAACAAGAAGCUGAAACGUAACGUGACAGAAGACGACGUAAGCGACGAAGAUGAAGCCGCCGAGACGGAAGAUGUGGAGGUACAAGAACGUGUCAAGACGUCCAAAGGCAAAGAAAAGAAAAAGACCAUCAAGCUGGCUAAAGAGCUGUCAGAUCUUGUCAACAUAUGCGAAGCGGUACAUUUCCACAGCUUCCAGCAUUCAAGGGAAAAGGACAUGCCCUACAAUAUAAGCUCGAUCAAGGAGGGGAAAGCCAACGAUAUGGUGAAAGAUGAAGCAGCAGAUUUCAUUGACCAUACCAAACGUCAGCUGGUGAAGAUAUACCCCUCUGGUGGUAGAGUGGACUCUUCCAAUAUUGACCCUCACCUGUACUGGUCUGCUGGGUGCCAAAUAGUUGCUUUGAACUACCAGACGCCGUGCGAUCAGAUGGACCUGAACCUGGGACUGUUCCGACAGAACGGAGGAUGUGGAUACGUGCUGAAGCCAGAUGCACUCAGAGAUGAGCAAACUAGGCUGGACACAGCGAAGAACAUCCCCAGCAAGUACAAGAAAACGCUCAAGAUCAAGGUGAUCAGUGGUUACCAGCUGCCUACCCCUGAAGGCGAGGGUAGUGGCGGCAGUGCGGUGGACCCGUACGUGAAGGUACAGGUCUACGGGGUUCCCGGGGACUGCGCCGAGGACGAGACCGAGGUGGUGAAAAACAACGGUUUCCACCCAGUGUGGAACAGUGACAUGACGUUCCCGCUGACGUUCCCUGACCUGGCCAUGCUCAGGUUUGAGGUGAAGGAACAUGACAAGUUGAGCGACAGUGAGACCAUCGGCCAGUUCUCCCUACCUGUGACCAGCAUGCAGCAAGGGUAUCGACAUGUUCACCUUCUGAGUAAGGAUCAGGAAGACCUGAGUCCAGCAGCACUGUUUAUCCACGUCAGUCUCCAGUGAGACAUACAACAGUAAACCUUCAACACUAGGAUAUUGAGAUGUUCUUUUUCACAUCCAGUAAAGUCUCUUGCCUUGCUUAUGUUUUGGUGUCCAUCAGACACCUUCCUUAGAGAUUCUGACUGGAAUUCUGCUUCUUGACGCUAUAUGUAGCCGACAUAAUGUAGGUGGCGCUUUUGUACCAAGAACACAAUCCCAAACUUGACUUAGUUUGUAUCCCCCCUCGUCCCAGUUCAUCACUGGGGUUGACUUUCUUAUCCAGACCGAUUCUUUUAGCCAUUUACGUACAUAUAGUGGCGAGAAGCAGAACUCCAGUCACAAGUUCUGAGGACAGUGUCUGAUAGACAC